UACACCAUCAAUUAUUAAUAUUCCUCCACAAUCAGCAAUUAAAACUGCUGAUCAUCCACCUAUUUAUUCAAAACAAUAUCCAGCAUCAUCUAAAGAUCAAGAAAUUAAAUUUCAAGAAACACAAAAAUUAUUAGAACGUGGUCAAAUUGAAGAAUCAACUUCACCAUGGUCAUCACCGAUCGUUCUUGUUAAGAAAAAAGACAAAACGAUGCGAUUUUGUAUUGAUUAUCGACGAUUAAAUGCUAUUACAAUUAAAGAUGCAUUUCCAUUACCUCGUAUUGAUGAAAUUUUUGAUCAAUUAUCCGAUGCAACGUAUUACACAAAAUUCGAUUUUAAAUCUGGUUAUUUCCAGGUACCUCUAUCUAAAGAGGACCGACCUAAAACUGCAUUCUCAACUCGUGAUAAUCAUUAUCAAUUUACAGUUCUUCCACAAGGAAUAACAAACGGUCCCGCAACAUUUCAACGUGUUAUCAAUCAUAUAUUAGGUCCUACACGAUGGAAAUAUGCAUUAGCAUAUAUUGAUGAUGUAAUUAUAUAUUCAAAAACAUUCGAAGAACAUUUAUCACAUCUCAAUGAAAUAUGUACAAUAUUAAAAAAUGCUCGAUUUCGUCUUAAUCCAGAAAAAUGUGAAAUUGCUCGAACACAAACUGAUUAUCUUGGACAUCGUAUACAAAAUGGUGAAAUUCGUCCAAGUCCUACCAAUAUACAUGGUUUACUAAAUACAAGAUUACCACAAACGGCAGAUGAAGCUUGUAAAUUCGUGAAAGCCGCUGAAUAUUAUAGAAAAUUCAUACCAAAUUUUUCUCUAAUCGCCGAACCACUUAGAAAAUUCGUACCAACUACUCGAACUCAACGAAAGAAAGGACAAAAAACUAUCAUCACAUUAACACAUGAAGAAAUCGAAGCCUUCGAACUACUUAAAAAUUUUCUUACAACUGAUCUGGUAUUACGACUUCCAAAUAAUAGAUUCCCUUUCAAAGUUCAAACUGAUGCAUCUGAUGAGGGAAUCGGUGCAGUACUAUUACAACUUUAUCCGGAUGGUGAUAGACCAAUUGCAUAUCUUUCAAAGAAAUUUACUCCAGCACAACGCAAAUGGUCUCCAAUGGAACAAGAAUGCUAUGCAUUUAUAUGUGCAUUAGAUAAAUGGCAUAAUUAUUUAAGCGGAAUCAAAUUUAUUUGGGAAACUGAUCAUAAAGCACUAACACAAUUAAAUCAAAAAGCACAAAUUAACAAACGGUGUGAAAGAUGGAGAUUAAAAAUUUUAGAAUAUGACUUCAAGGUGAAAUACAUUCCUGGUUUAACAAAUUCAAUGCCUGAUUAUUUAUCAAGGUCUCCAGUUGAUGAUGCCGAAGAAGAUCCUGAUGAAGUUUCACUUCUUAUUUCGAAAUCUACACAAACCGAUUUUUCAGAUAUUAAAAAUCAUUCAUCUAUCGUCGCAGCUGUUCAAACUCGUGCGAUGAAAUUACGAAAUCAAACUUUAAAUGAUCCGAAUGAUGGCACAAAAUUAGCACCAGAUUCUCUAACCUCUUCAUCCUCUAAUCAAACAUUGAAUAAUUCAAUGAAAGAGAAUCGAAUAAUUUCAUUUUCCAUUGAAGAAUUAAUUCAAGCUCAACAAAAUGAUAAUUAUGCAAAAAAUAUUCUGAACAAUAUCAAGAAAUAUAAAAAUUAUAUGAUCAAAGAUAAUCUUUUAAUGCGUCGAUCAAAACCGUCAGUUCCUUAUGUACCACAAGGUGAUUUUCGAAAAACAAUUUUACAAAUUUACCAUGAUACUGCAGCUAAUGGUGCUCAUUUCGGAAGAGAUAAAACAAUAUAUAAAAUUAAACAACGUUAUUUUUGGCCUUCAAUGUACAAAGACAUUGAUAAUUACGUGAAAUCAUGUAUUUUAUGUGCUCAACAUAAUCCUAGUCGAAAAAAACCUCCUGGCAAAUUACGACCAAUUAAACCUCCAGAAGGUGUAUGGCAACUAGUAGCUAUGGAUUUUCAUGGUCCUAUUAAUCCAACAUCUCGUCGUGGCAACAAAUAUAUUAUAUGUCUUACGGAUAUUUUAUCAAAAUUCGUGGUAUCAAAAGCAGUACGUGAUAAUACGGCACAAACAGCUGUUAAAUUUCUAAAAGAAGAUGUUAUUUCAAAAUUUGGUACACCUCGAUGUAUCUUAACCGACAAUGGCACUCAUUUUACAUCAACAAUUAUGAAUGAAUUAAUAAAACAAAUUGGAUCAACACAUUUAUAUUCAACACCAUAUCAUCCUCAAUCGAAUGGUCAAGUUGAAAGAUACAAUUCAACAAUGGAUGCAAAAAUUGCAGCUUUAUCCAACAUACAGAAAACAGAUUGGGAUGACCAAUUACCAUUUGUAACAUUCAAUUACAAUACGUCGAUCCAUUCCUCGACCAAACAAAUCCCAUUCGAAAUGAUGUACGGUCGAGCACCAAUAUUACCAUUUGAUUAUCAAGGAGAUAAUGUUACAAUUCAAUAUGAUGAUGAACACGUGAAAAAACUUCAACAAUUUUUAUCAAAAUUAAAUGAACAAGCGAAAUUUAAUAUUAUUAAAAAUCAAGAACGAUACAAACAACGUUAUGAUAUAAAUCGUUCUGAUCCAUCUUAUCAAAUUGGUGAUCUUGUCCUCGUGAAAACACUCAACAUACGUCACAAAUUUGAUAUUCGUUAUGAAGGACCAUUUAGAAUCAUUCAAAUCAUUACACCCAAAACAUUCAUUGUUCAACACGUCAAAAAACCAACAUUAUAUCGUCAAGUUACAACCGACGUGUUACUACCAAUAUUUGAACGAAUGUAUUAA